AUGAUCACAGCCCCAGAAACGGCUGCGACUUCCACCAGCAACACCGACAGCGACAGCAGCACCCGCAAAGAUGCGCCCGUCCAAACGCAGACGAAUCUUCUCCCAAUGCGCCAGCUCCUGAUCGUUUUCUCCGGCCUAUCGACUGCGAUGCUAUGCUCUAUGCUCAAUCAGACCAUCGUCGCCACCGCCCUCCCAACCCUGGGCGCCGUAUUUCACGAAGCUGACAUCGUGGCGUGGGUAGGCACCGCCUACCUCCUCACCAGCACCGCAUGCCAGCCCCUGUAUGGCCGGCUGAGCGAUAUCUUCGGUCGAAAGGUGAUUCUGCUCGGUUCGUUGGCAAUUUUCCUGAUUGGGAGUGUUUUGUCCGGUGUGUCGCGGGACAUGAUUAUGUUGAUUGUUUCGCGUGCCAUUGCAGGAAUCGGCGGGGGAGGAAUUGUCACGGUCGUCAGUAUUGUCGUAUCCGACGUUGUCUCCCUCAAGGAUCGGGGCAAGUAUCAAGGGAUCAUCGGCGUGGUGGUCGCCGCGGGGACGGCAAUGGGCCCGGUGAUUGGGGGCGUAUUCACGGAGAAGACUUCGUGGCGGUGGUGUUUUUAUAUCAGUGUUCCGCUCUCGGCGGUCGCGAUCGUGAUUGUCGCGUUUGCCCUGCCGCUCAAGAAGGUCAAAGGGAAUGCGAUGGAGAAGAUCAAGAAGAUUGAUGGCUGGGGGAGCUUGAUUAGCUUUGCGGCCUCGAUCGCGAUUCUGCUGCCCAUUUCCUGGGCUGGGACGCGAUAUGCCUGGACCUCGGCGGCGGUUCUGGCUCCGCUGCUGAUCGGAGUCUCGCUCAUAGGGGCUUUCAUGUUGGUUGAGGUCAAGGUGGCCAGACUACCUUUAAUCCCAUUAUCAAUGUUCAGAAACACCCACGUGGCCGUGUGCAUCACCACAUCCUUCCUAACCGGCUUCAUGACCUUCGUCAACCUCUAUUACCUCCCCCAAUUCUACCAGGUUGCCCAAGGCGACUCCGCCCUCCGCUCUGGAAUUCUUAUCCUCCCGCUCGUUCUCUCCCAGAUCAUCACGAGCUUCACCUCCGGCUUCCUCGUCUCCAAGUACGGGUGCUACCGCAUCAACCUGAUCGUCGGAUACGGGCUGUGGACGAUCGCCUCGGGGGUCUUCACGACCGUGGACCCUGUCACACCCGCCUGGAAGCUCGUCGUCUACCAGUUGACUACCGGACUGGGGAGCGGACAGACCCUGCAGACGACGCUGGUGGCGAUCCAGGCGGCUGUGCAGCGGCACGAGAUGGCCGUCGUGACCGGCGCUAGGAAUUACCUGCGGAUGAUGGGGUCGACGCUAGCCGUGGCGGCGAGUGCGGCGAUUGUAAAUAAUGUUGUUCGUUCGAAACUGACUGACCUGGGCUUUGAUCCCGCUGUGAUUGCGGCCAUUGUAUCCGAUCCGACGACAAUUAGGUCAAUGAGUGGAUUGUCCGAGGUGGCGGUAACGGAGGCGUUGGAUGCGUAUGCCAAAGGUGUGCAGGUAACCUAUUAUAUGAUGACGGUGUUGGCGGGGGUACAGUUUCUGCUCUGUGUGUUCUUCAUCAAGGAUUACUCACUGGAGCGCGAGGAUGAUGCCCGCGAGAAGGAGGCAGCGAAGAACUGGCUUCAGGAGCGGAAAAGGAAACAAAACGGGAAGGCGACUGUGGCGGAGGGGGUGGCUGGGGUGGAGGAGAUUGAGGAACAGACGGAGGAGCGGCGGAGAGAGGUUGAAGAUAGGGUCUAG